CCCCCCCCCCCCCCCGUAUGGUUGCGGUUCAUACGUCGGCGUGUUCUUAGUUUUUCGAUCGCAUGCUAGGCAUCUUCCUGUCCGCCGGCGAUACGAAAAACUUCACCCCGCUCGACUGGCGCAAAGCCGUUCUGGCGGCCGAUCCGGUGAUCAUGACGGAGCGGGUUACCACCUCGUUGCUGGAGAAUGCCCUGACGAAGGACGAUAUCGCGGCGCUGAAGGCUGUUGAUAUGAGCACCGGGCCAAAACUCGCUAAAAUGGAUUUGUUCUUGCUCGAGAUGAUGAAAAUCGACCGCUGUGCCGAUCGCCUCAAAGCGAUGAAAUGCCGCGCGCAGUUCGGGGAGCGGUGUGAUAAAUUGUACCAGGAUGUGAUGACUGCGUAUGAGGGGUUUGAUGCGUUGCAGACUUCGGACGCUUUUGCUGAUUUGUUGGAGUUGAUCCUCCUCAUCGGAAACUACCUCAAUUCGGGCUCACUCUCCGGCGGCGCGCACGGGUUCCGGAUCAAGAACAUCAACAGGUUGGAAGGCACAAAAGGCGUAACGAAAUCCUCGCUCCUCCAUUUCAUCGCGGACACGGUCGAGACCAAGUUUCCGCACAUGCGUGAUUUCCUGGACGAUUUGAAAAUCGUUUAUAGGGCUCAGAGGAUCGACUUGGAUGCUCUGAGGCAGGGUAUCCGAGAUCUCCGAGUGGAGAUGGAGGAAACGCGGGAGAUUGUGAAUUCCAUCAAACCGUCGCCCACCGUUACCGAAAACGGCGUAGAGAUGCCCGACCGCUUCAGCGCUGAAAUGGCCGCCUUCAUGAAAGACUCCACGCAGAGAUACGACGCGCUCUCCGAAGCGCACACCAAGAUGCUGAAAUCGUUCGAAGACGCCGUGGUGUUCUACGGCGAGGACCCGGCACUCACGAAACCGGAGGACUUUCUCCCCGUGUUCACGACGUUCAUGGACAGCUACACGGUCGCGUCGGCCGAGAACAAAGUGGUCCGGGACCGCAAAGAGCGGGAUGAGAAGCGGCGGAAGGCAGAAGAGGAGCGUUUGUCCAAACGGCGGAAGAGUAAAGCGGCGACUACGGAGAUGUUUGCGUUGCCGAGCUUGCCGACGCUUGGGGCGGGGGAUGAGGGGGAUGAUGGGGAGGCUGGCGGUGGGUUUGGGCUUGGAAUGGAUGAUUUGUUGGAGUCGCUGAAGCGCGGGACGGGGAGUGGUGGAGGUGGUGCGGGUGGGAAUAGUGGUGGAAAGACGGCGCCGCCGCCACGACGCAGUUCGCGACGGAGGUCGAGCGGUGGGUCGAGUCGGCAGCGGAGUCGGAGUCGGAAGGCGAGUGGGGCGAGUUUGUCAGAGACGGUGAGGGAGGCGUUGGGGUUGGCGUUGCUGAGGGAGGAGAGUGAGGGCGUCUUGGGGAGGGAAGAGGGGGGUGAGGAGUGAGUUGCGAAACCUCCUAUAUCGAAAGUUUUUGCGGGCGGUGACAUUGCACGACUCGUGCCAGAUGCGCGCUUCGCAGGAGGAUUCGAACGAUGCUGGCAGUUGCACAUACCACUUCUCAUGAGUGUAUGUACUAUUUCUCAUGUGUAUGUAUACACUGACCUAUAUGCGGCUCAUUUCUCAUGAUGUGCAUCUACAAGAAUGCUCCUUUGCGUACUCCUUCCACAUUCGCCCCAACUAACCCAGCAUUCGAGGCAACACCAGUUACCGGAACAAAAUCCUGGCGCAUCCGUAGGUGGGAACCCAAGAUGGAACCAGUACUGCCAGGUAUGGCCACAGCGCCAAAUCUAGUAAGGCUUCUGAACCUGUUGUUGAAAUAUCCCAUGUUCGAGGCCGCUCAAAACUUGCUCC